GCCGGGGAAGAAAGGAGCUGCUCUCAGUCAGCAGAGCAGUGCCGCUGGAGAGCUCUGUCGAUGAUUGCAGGCUCCAGCUAGAAACACCGCGAUUCCAGACGUUUUGUUUUUUAUUUUCCCUUUUAUUUAUUGAUUUCUCACGAUGUCAUAUCGGGCAGGAUGUGACUUGCUGACCUAACUUCGGCUACAUUCAUGUAUUUGAGACGAAGGGGUGCGCAGAGAAGCCGAGCUGUUCGGGGCGAAUGGAACUUAUUGUUGUGCAUUUGUUUUGACUAUGUUAUCCCCAAGUAAGUUUGGGUCCAGUCCGUCUGUGUCCGUCGUCGACUCUUGAAUCGCGGGGAUUUAUCUCCCGACUUCUUUGAGGAGAACAAGCGCCGGAGGAUUCCUGCAAAGAGCCAGCGAGCUUUUCCGACCGAGCCGGGGAUUUAAAUCGUCAUUUGGUUGGAGCUCCGGGAGAGGCGAGAGUCAAAAGAAAAGAAAUUCAUGUGGCCAUUCUCUCUAUAGCCAAACAUUUUUGGUGGGAUUGCAUAAUGAGCAAGGAAAGACCUAAGAGGAAUAUCAUUCAAAAGAAAUAUGAUGAUAGUGAUGGGAUCCCGUGGUCAGAGGAGCGGGUUAUGCGAAAGGUCCUUUAUCUCUCCCUAAAAGAGUUUAGGACAGCACAGAAACGGCAGCUGGAUGGAGACUGUGCCACCAACUCCAAUGGUUCUCUAGCCAAUGGACAGCUGAAUGGCACAGGGUCAAAGGGCAGCCACAAAGAAGAUGGGUCCUUGCGCUCUCAGGGCCUGCACGGGAACAAUGGCUACGGCGAGGAUAGUCCUGCAAAAAAGAGGCCUCGGCUUCAGGCUCAGAGGAAGUUCGCCCAGUCGCAGCCCAACUCACCCAGCACUACACCUGUCAAAGUGGCCGACCCCAACGGCUUGAACGGCAGCCUGGCCACCGGGUCAUCCUCUUCCCUGUCAUCGCUGUCGUCCUCAUCCCUGUCGUCCUCCAUUCAGGACCUGUCCAGACGCAAGCCUAAGACGGAGGACUUCCUCACCUUCCUCUGCCUCCGAGGUUCUCCUGCCUUGCCCAGUAACAUGGCCUACUUUGGAAGCUCCCAGGAGGAGGAGGACCUGGAGGAGGACGAAGAGGAGGAGGAAAACGAGGUGCGGAAUGGAGGAGGCGUCCACUCUCACGGCGCCGGAAGCAGCAGCCAGACCCCAGCCGCCGCUUCCUGCCACUCCACGCCCCGCAAGGGCAAGCUCCCUGCCAAGCAGCCAGUCAAUGGGCAUGUGUACCCCAGCCACACUAAAGCGGGGACCAGGGAAAGCCCGAGGCCCAAGGGGCACGGCAGGGACGCGCCCGCUCCACCGCUGCCACCUCCACCACCACCCCCCCCACCCCUACUGAGGGAGCGCAGUGAACGGGCGGAGGCGCGGGAGCACGCCAGGGAGCUGCAGGCCAUGGCCAACGCUCGCAGCUCGGCUAACGGACUUCCACCGCGAAGAGCAGCUGAAGAGCUACGGAAGCAGGUUUCGAAAGUGAAUGGGCUGAUGCGGGCGAGCUCGGCACAAGCUGCUGGCGUUUCCAAACGGAGCCGCGACAUCCGACUGCCGUCCAAAACUGUGAAGAAGUACACAGCCACCGUGUCCAAGGGCCACGUCACCUACACCAAAGCCAAACUGAAAGAACUGGGCAAGAAAACCAAACUCAGCAGCAGCAACAAACAUAACAACGCCGCCUCGGCAACAUCUUCAGCGAACAAUCACAAUCAGCACAGCCAGCCAGCAGCCAGCAACGGGCUGGCCAACUCAGGAAAAGCAGCAGCACCAGCCCAUCACAGCAAUGCAAAAACCCGCAAACAGGUGCUACUGUCCAAUGGGCUGCACAACGCGUCUACCAACGCCCGGCCCAACGGCAGGCUGAACGGGCAGCGGCACAACACGCUGACUAAUAAGGAGCUCCGGCAGAAACACUGCCAGCCAAGCCAGAGUGAAUGCCCGGGUCGAGAGGGACUGCGCAACUCCAAACGGCGCCUGGAGGUGGUGCUCAAUUCGGUGGCUACAGGACCCGUCGAGCAGAAAGCCAAACCCAGCGGCACGGAUCCUAAGAAGGCCAAGCUCCACUCCCCGCCUCUGGAGACGCGCAGCAGCAGCAAGAAAGUUCAUGAAGAGAAGGCGAGCAAGCAAACCCCCCCCACCACUCCAGUUUCUAACGGACACGGCGCAGAAACUGCCCCUCCUCCUAAACAAACUCAGCCUGUUACCCCACCCUCUAAACAAACCUCACCUCCUUCUACACCAGCAGCCAACGCGGAGCCGCUCAACCAGAGACCGAAGCGAGCGUCAGCCGGCAAGCUGAUGUUGAUACGACAAGCACAGCAGCAGCAGAGCCGGUCGCACGGGCGCAGCUCCUCCUCUUCCUCCCCGUCAUUAGGACAGAAUCACUCGCCAAACCCCUGCUCCGGCAGCACUACCUCAGACCCCCAACAGACGUCCGUUUCUUCCUCCUCCUCGUCCUCCUCCCCGUCUGUCCCUGCUUCCACCAACAGCCCGGGCCAGCUGAAACCAGCAGCCGCGCGGCCCGCCGACCGCGACAAGGACUGGGAGCGCGAGAAGGACCUGACCCGUCAGAAAGAGCGAGACCAGGAGAAGGGGUGGGACGGCCAGCGGAGCAAGCCGGAGGGCUGGGCGGCGCUGGGCGAGGCCCCGGUCUUCCGGCCAGGCCCAAGGGAGUUCCAGGACCCGCUGGUGUACCUGGAUGCAGUAAGGGAACAGGCCGAGGUGGCGGGCAUGUGCCGCGUGGCGCCGCCGCCGGACUGGCGGCCGGAGUGCAAGCUGAACGAGGAGAUGCGUUUUGUAACACAGGUGCAGAGGGUCCACAUGCUUGGCCGGCGCUGGGGCCCCAACGUGCAGCGAAUGGCUUGCAUCCGCAAGCACCUUAAAUCUCAGGGCAUUACCAUGGACGAGCCGCCGGUCAUCGGCGGCUGUGAAGUGGACCUGUCGCGGUUUUUCCAGCUCAUCAACGACAUGGGUGGCAUGCAGCAGGUGAUGGACCUGAAGAAGUGGACCAAGCUGGCAGACCUCCUUCGCAUCCCCAAGUCCGCGCAGGACCGGCUGGCCAAGCUGCAGGAGGCCUACCUCCAGUACAUCCUCUCCUACGACUCACUCAGUGCCGAAGAGCGCCUCCGACUGCUGACAGAGGUGCUGGAGGAGAAGAAGAAGCUGGAGUCGCGGCGGGGCCCCCUGGAGGGCCUGUCCGACUCCUCGGCACCCAACGGACUCUCGCUGCCCCGCUACGAGCCAAAGAACGGGCUCGUCGGGAUCGUGGGAGGGACGACCGGGCACCACCGCACCAACGGAGUCUAUCACCGCUUGAAGGAACUGGAGGCUCAGGUCAAAGCGGGCCGGCGCCGGCUCUUCGCUCAGGAAAAACAAGGCAAAGAGGACAGGCCGCACCGGGAGGAGCCGCAUCCGGGGCAGGAGAACGGGAGCUUGUCCGGCGACCAACACAAAUGUAUCUACAAGGGGAAAUCCGUGUCCUUGACCAACUUCUUCAGGAUAGCUCGCAACACCAUGACCAUGUGCUUUAACAAGGAGCCGGGGGCCGCCGAGGUCGAGCAAGAGUACUGGAGGAUCGUGGAGCAGAGAGACUCCCACGUGGCAGUGCAUUGUGGGAAGGUGGACACGAGCACACACGGCAGUGGUUUCCCCACAGGAAAGUCAGAGCCAUUUUCAAAACAUGGUUGGAACCUCACUGUCCUCCCCAAUAACUCUGGAUCCAUAUUGAGGCAUCUGGGUGCUGUGCCGGGGGUGACUGUUCCCUGGCUAAACAUUGGCAUGAUCUUUUCUACCUCAUGCUGGUCUAGAGACCAAAACCGCCUUCCAUAUAUUGAUUACUUACACACUGGUGCUGAUUGCAUUUGGUAUUCUGUCCCUGCUGAGGAGAAGGCUAAGCUGGACAAGGUGGUCCACACACUGCUUCAAGCCAACGGCACCCCAGGACUAGAAAUGCUGGAGAAGAAUAUCAUGAUCUCUCCAGAGGUGCUAUGCCGUGAAGGCAUCAAGGUUUACCGCACGGUCCAGCGGAGUGGCCAGUUUGUGGUCUGCUUCCCCGGUGCCUUUGUCUCCAAAGUGUGCUGUGGCUACAGCGUGUCGGAGACGGUCCACUUCGCCACGCCACACUGGAUGAACCUGGGUUAUGAGGCCGCAAAGGACCUGAAGUGUCGUUGUAUAGCCAAACCCUUCUCCAUGGAGAAGCUACUGUAUCAGAUCGCCACCUCGGAGUCCAAGAGGGACAAUGGCCUUCUUCUCACCACCAUCUCUGCCCUACUCAAAGACCUCAGGAACAUAGAGAUGCACCAACGUCAGGAACUUUACAAGGCGGGUUUGCUCUCUUCUGCCCGCUACGGCACACACGACGGCGGCCUGGGGUCCGUCGAGGGCCGCAAGAAGCCUCGCGGAAAAUGGCUGGCGCUGGAGUCAUCAGAAAGACGCUGCCAAAUCUGUCAACAUCUCUGCUACCUGUCCAUGGUGGUUCAAGAGACGGAUAAUGUGGUCUUCUGCCUGGAAUGUGCCCUUCGUUACGUGGAGAAACACAAAUCCUGCAGAGGCCUUAAGAUGAUGUACCGAUACGAUGAGGAUCAAAUCAACAGUUUGGUGAACCAGGUGUGUGGGCGCGCCAUGUUAAAGAACGGGAGCAACGGCGCCGGAGGGGGAGCUCUCAUCAUCACCAACGGCGGCGGCGGGGGGGACCUGUUCCCUGCUAAAGCAUCACCAGCCAAGCGCGGGCCGAGAAAGCGCGCCACGGUGGAGGUGUCCCUGGCCCGUCUGUCCGCCAGCCACCUGCCCAAAGCUGCAGCUGUGUCCUGAGGGCGACACCCCCCCACAUCAACC